UGACAAAUGCGAACUGUAGAAUUUUCAUCAUGCUACGUUCGUAAGAACACACCAGCAGGUGUAGUCAACAACACGGACACGGACACGCAGAGUAUGUGCAUAGACCCUGCUGGCCCUGCUACAAACAAAACUUUCAUGCCUUACCACCUUCAAACGUCGACCUCUGACUUCCUGUCUCCUCUCGUCGAGCUACGAACACGCUUCCCCUUGUCCGUGUUGCAACUCACAUAUCAGUUCGUACGUACCACCACCUACAACGUCGAGGACUAAGCAACAAAAUUACUCGACCCCUCCACUUACCGAUACCAAAAACGACGUAGCAGUCUACAUUCCCACACCUCCUACAAUUUUCGCCGAGCAUUUGCAACUACAUCCCGAUUAACGUAUUUUUAUGUGCAUAUCAACACACACG